AUGACUUGGGUCUUGUCAUCACGAACUCCAGGGGGAGCCAGGGCCAGGAGGGCUCAGCUCUCAAGACACCUUCUUGUAGAGCUGGCUGAGAGCAGCCCGUCAUCGGGGGCAUCGCCCACCUCCCAGUCGAGCACCGUCCCUCUGGACACCCUGGGACCACUCCUGGUGGGAGGCCUGGCCAGCCCCGAGCCCUUGAGCCUGGAGGAGAUCUCAGUGAGGUAUGAGUCCGGCCACCUGGCGUCCACCGCUUCCAUCCCGGAGCAGGACACCGCCAAACGCUGGGACCAGCUGGAGCAGUGGGUGGCCGACCUGCAGGCCGAGGUGGCCAGCCUGCGGCGCCACAAGGAGCGCUGUGAGCUCGCCACACUGCGCCUGCUUCGGGAGCUGCUGCAGGUGCGGGCUCAUGUGCAGCUGCAGCAGGCGGCACCAGUCCCCGAGAAGGAGGUGCCAGAGCUCUUUGGACCCCCGAACCAGACCCAGAUGCAGGCUCUGGACAAAAGGCUGGUGGAGGUGCGAGAGGCGCUGACCCAGAUCAGGAGGAAGCAGGCGCUGCAGGACUCGGAGCGGAAGGGCGCGGAGCAGGAGGCCAGUCUCAGGCUGACCAAGUUGACCGACUUGCUGAGGCAAGAGGAGCAGGGUCGAGAGGCAGCCUGCAGUGCCCUGCAGAAGAGCCAGGAGGACACCAGCCAGAGGGUGGACCGCGAGGUGGCCAGGAUGCAGGCCCAGGUGACCAAGCUCGGCGAGGAGGUGAGCCUGCGGUUCCUGCGGAGGGAGGCCAAGCUGUGCGGCUUCCUGCAGAAGAGCUUCCAGGCUCUGGAGAAGAGGAUGAAGGCCUCGGAGGGCUCGCGGCUGAGGCUGGAGGGCAGCCUGCGGGAGCACGUCCUGGAGCAGUGCCGGGGUCUGGACGCAGCCGUGGCCCAGCUGACCAAGUUUGUGCAGCAGAACCAGGUGUCCCUGAACCGCGUCUUGCUGGCCGAGCAGGAGGCCCGGGAUGCCAAGGGGCGCUUGGAGGAGAGCCAGACUGGAGAGCUGGCCGCCUACGUGCAGGAAAACCUGGAAGCCAUACAGCUGGCCAGCGAGCUGGCCCGGCAGGAGACACACGGCGAGCUGGCACUGCUCCGAGAAAAGACACAGGUCCUGGAGGCAUCAGUGGCCCAGCUGGCCGGGCAGCUGAAGGACCUGAGUGACCACCUCCCGGCCCUGAGUUGCAGGCUGGACCUGCAGGAGCAGGUGCUGGGCCUGAGGCUGUCGGAGGCGAAGACAGAAUGGGAAGGUGCAGAGAGGAGGUCACUAGGGGACCUGGCCCAGUGGCAGCAGGAGAUUGCGGCACACCUGCGGGGAGUGUGGGAGAAGGUGGACAGCCUCCCUAAGCAGAUAGAAGGAGUCUCGGACAAGUGUGUUCUCCACAAAAGUGACUCAGACCUCAGGAUCUCUGCCGAGGGCAAGACCAGGGAGUUCGAGGUUGGAGCCCUGCGGCAGGAGCUGGCCACCCUGCUGUCAACCGUGCAGCUGCUCAAGGAGGACCAGCCUGGGCGGAAGAUCGCUGAAGUCCAGGGCAAGCUGGCCACGUUUCAGAACCAAAUCAUGAAACUGGAGAGCAGCAUGCAGGCCCACAGGACCAUCCAGAACCUCAAGUUUAAUACAGAAGCCAAACUGCGCACGCAGGAGACGGCAACCCUGUGGGAGAACACACUGCACCUGGGACACGAGGAGACCCCAUGGGCGCGGGCGCUGGCGCUGGGCCGCAGGAAGGCAUGCACAUCCCUGGAAAGGCCACGGUGCUUCAUCAAGGACACAGACCCCGGCAACAUGGUGCCUGUGAAUCGCUGGGGCGUGUACCAGGCUGUGAGGUGGCUGCAGUGGAAGGCAGUCUUUGUGAACCUGGUGGCCCCACGGAGGCCAGGAAGAGUCCCAGAGAAGUCCCACGGCUGGGAGCCCACACGGCAGCGCACACCCCGACCCCUUUCCCAGAAAUAA